ACCACGUGGUCACCUUGAAGAAAGAAGAGUGGGGAAGCAACAGUUGACCAAGUCGUAUAUACGUUUGUAAUGUGCCGAUUGUGCACUGCGUCAGGAUUCAAUGUUUAAUUAAAUCGCGGUUCUAGAUACCGUUAUUAAAAUGUAGCAAAUAAAUGUAUAUUUUUGUAUAAACCAGUCUACCUUAAUAAUAGUAACUUUGUUGUGAGUAAAAUGUCUCGACCUAAGGUUAUAAUGUCACUUUCACAGAGAAAUGCAAGCAGUUGGCUUCAGUCUUCUUUUGAUUUUGAUGAUUUUGAUGAUAGUUCGACUAAGAGAAAAAACACAUCACAAGGUUUGCAAAAAAGUGAAAAUGAGAAUCUCACAAGUUUCACGAACUUUGAAACUAGUAUUUCAUUUAAAAGGCCAACCAGCAGUUUAUCUGCAUUACUUGCUGCAUGUGCACCUCAAAAGGCAUCAGAUUUAGCAGUUAGUCGGCAGAAACAGCAAGAAAUUAACAGAUGGUUUAAAGAAACAGUGAAAGAAGGAAAACCAACUCUUUUGGUGGUCUCUGGGCCUUCGGGCUGUGGAAAAACUGAGGCCCUUAAAGUAAUCGCUAAAGAAAAUAAUUUUGAUAUUGUAGAAUGGAUUACUCCAAUGGAUCAAGCUAUGGAUGAAUACAAUCGAACCAUGCGACAAGGAGAGAGAUUUGAAGACUUUCUCAUCAGAGCUACUCGUUAUGGCUCUGUCCUAUCAGAUUCCAGACGUUUGUUGCUGGUCAAGGAUAUACCUAAUUCUUACAUAGAUGGGAAAGAUGAUUUUUCAAGUUUAUUGCAAAAAUAUUGUCAAUAUGGAAGAGAGCCCUUGAUUUUUGUAAAUACAGAGACUGGGAAUUCAAAAUUAAUGACAACAUUAUUUUCUCAGAGUAAUCGCGAUCGUUAUGGAAUUGAUACUAUAAAUAUUAAUGCAGCAACUCCAACAGCUUUAAAAAAUGUAAUGAAACGAGUUACAACUAUUUUAAAUAGUAAAGCUAGUCACAUGUUAUACGUAACACAGAGUAAAAUAGACGAAGUAUUGUCAAACACUAUUGGUGAUGUUCGUAGUGCACUUUUAAAUUUAAUUUUUUCUUCAUUAAAAGUUAAACACAAAUUCGAAAGUGAAUGCACUGUCAGAGAAGAAACUCUUGGUCUCCUACAUGGAAUUGGUCGAGUCAUAAAUCCAAAAAAAAACGUAGAAGGAAAAAGUUGGAAAUUUGUUCAUGAUCCAGAUGAUCUGGCAUCCAGUUUUCAAACACAUUCGAAUACUUUUAUCAAAUUUGUGCAUGAAAAUUAUAUGAACACUAUGGGCUUUAAUAUGGAUGGUGCAACUAAGGCUAUUGAUGUUAUAAGUUUAGCUGAUGUAAUAAAUUCAGAGUGGAGGGACAAUAAUAUACAUAAAGUGGCGCUAUCUUACCUGAUUCGUGGAGUGAUGGUUGCCAAUGAUAAACCAGUUUCUCAGUGGAACCCAGUAAGGAAACCAGCAAGUUGGGAAUCUGAUGUACAACGAAAUUUUUCUGUGGCAGAAGUUGAAUGGUAUGAAAGAUAUAUCAAUCCAAAAAGCAACAAACAACCUGAUGCAGAAGAACUAUCUGAGUCGAUGAUUGAUGAAGUUGAUUGGUGAUAAAAGAUUUGAUAAUUAAAUUAACAAGUUAUAAGAAAUAAAAAAUGCAAAAUAUCA